AGUCUAAAUAAAUCCUAUUUUAUCUGUCUCUGAGUCAUGUAAACAAAAUGUUGAUAUCUGUUUGCAAUUCUAAUAUAUUUUUUUCAAAUAUUUUUAACUUAUUACAUAUUUGUAGUAUAUGAACCUAAAACAAUGUUUCUCCGAGAUUUAUUGACCUACAUACAUAUCUUAGGUGAUGAUCAGUUUUUGACACCAAAGAUAUCCGGGGUCAAAAACGAAAAUAAAUCAAGUGAAAGUCAAUAUUUUAUGGAAAAAAAAUAUAUAAAUCACAAAUAUAUAAUCGAAAUUUGUUACUUGAACUAGAAACCUGUUAUUAGUAGAAGUAAAAGUCAUUCAAAAACUCAGAAAUGCACGCAAGCAUUUUAGCCAGUGGCAAUAGGUCAAAUACAUUUCUUUUUCUCUUCUGAACUUUGUAACGGCAUUUACUUUUUACAUCUCAUUUAGAUUGAGCUGGAAAAAAAGAUAUAAAGUGAAAUUAAAAUACUUCAUUAGGGUAUUGUUUUUAUUACGAGUUAAAUUCUAUCAAAUCCAAUAUCAAUGUCAUCUAUCAGUUGCUCGAUUAAGGUGAAAUGAUUUGCUUGGUUGAAUUUUGUGAAAGGGGCUGUAUUUAGGAGGUAACAACUUUUCUCUACUUUACACUCUUCUUAAUUCGCAGUUUCACUGAUUGUUUGUUCUAUUAAUCUUCUUCAUCAUGGAUUAAAGUUCAUAUUUUCCGUGAAGUUAACAUUUACAUAACAAGAAUUGAUAAUUGUAUGGAGAAACUUUAAUUCUUUGCUACAAACAUGGAAAGUGAAGACACUCAAAGUCAUCGAAAGUUUGAUCUACCAGAUUAUGGCGUAUGCAUCGCCAUGCUUGGAGUAUCUGCCGGUAUAGGCGUAUUUUACGCAAUAUCUGGCAGGAAACAAAAUACUACCAAAGAAUUUCUAUUUGGUGGAAAGACAAUGAACGUUAUACCAGUUGGUUUAUCCGUUUUAGCAACUUUUCUAUCUGCUAUAACUUUGCUUGGUUUACCAGCAGAAUCUUACCAAUUUGGUAUACAAUAUUGGUUAAUCAAUAUUUCAUAUUGUUUCAUGUUACCAAUAGUAGCUCAUAUUUAUGUACCUUUAUUCUACAAAUUGCAAGUAUCAUCAGUUAACGAGUACUUGGAAAAAAGAUACAACAAGUUUAUUAGAACAGUGUGUUUUGUCAUAUCUACAAUUUCGCAGUUGCUGUAUAUAGCAUUUGUAAUUUAUGCACCAUCGCUUGUUCUAUCACAAGUAACGGGUCUACAUCUUUGGGUUUGUGUAUCAUCGAUUGGUAUUGUUUGCACAUUUUAUACAACAAUAGGAGGAAUUAAAGCAGUUAUCUGGACUGAUGUUUUUCAAAUAAUAAUUAUUUUUGGUGCAUUAAUUACGAUCAUUGUAAAAGGUGCUAUAGAUGUCGGUGGCAUUGAUGUGGUUUGGUCCAAAGCAGAGGCUGGAGGCAGAACUGCAAUUUUAGAUUUUAACCCGGAUCCUACAGUAAGACAUACUUUUUGGUCCCUAACAUUUGGUGGAUUUUUUACUUGGCUUAGUAUUUAUGCAGUAAAUCAAGCAAUGGUUCAAAGAUCUUUAACAAUACCAACACUGCCUAAAGCUAAAGCGGUUAUAUGGAUGAAUCUUCCAGGAAAUAUUCUAAGUGUUACCUUAACUCUCUUAGUCGGGCUCAUAAUAUACGUUAAUUAUUCAACUUGUGAUCCAAUAAAAACGAAACAAGUCAGCUCACCAAACCAGAUAUUCCCUCUAUUUGUAAUGGAUAGUUUGCGUGAUUAUCCUGGCUUGCCUGGACUUUUUGUAUCUGGAAUAUUUAGUGGUGCUUUAAGGUAUCCUGAGGAAUCAGUACUCAGAGCAGCCUCACCUGGCAGCAAUAACAGCAGUUAUUCUCCUGGGCAUCGAGUCGAACAAAGAUUGGAUAGCAUGGAUGGGUACAGCAUUCCAUGCAGCUUCAUCAUUAUGCCACAAUUCAUCGACCGCAGAAGAAUUAACUUGCACAACUUAGCAUCGUAUAAAAACAGUUGCAAAUUAAGAUAUUCAAUAGAUUUAUUAAUUUAUAAACCUAAUAGAAAUCUUAAUGUAAAUAGUAUAUUUCAAAUCCGAAUAUUUCAACAGUCUAGACAUUUGGAAAUUUUGAUCUAUAAUCCCCGACAUUUUGAAGUAAGGAUUUAUAUUUAUUUAUUUUCAGCUCUAUUUUAUGGAAUAGUUGCUAUUGUUUUGGUAGUAGUGGUUGAGAAUAUGACUGGAACUGUUUUGCAAGCAGCUUUAAGUAUCAGCGGAGCAUUGGGAGGUCCAAUUUUAGGUAUUUACACUCUUGGAAUGUUUUUCCCAUGGCCAUCAGCUUUCGCUGCAUUUAUCGGAUUAAUUAGUGGUUUAGGCAUUUGUAUCUGGAUAUGUAUUGGAUCUAUCAUGUUUAGAGCACCAAAUCCAACAGCAGUACUGUCAGUAGAAUCAUGUGAAGAUUUAUAUAUGAGUGUAACUCAGGUCAUGUCGAGUAUUUCCAAUUCGUCUACUCCAGUAUUCCUACCAAGGGAAGAAUUUUUGACCAUGUACCGUUUAUCAUACCUUUGGUACAGUGGAAUCGGAUGUUUAGUGGUUAUAAUCAUCGGAUUGCUAGUGUCUCUUGCAAAAGGUAAUAACAAGCAAGAUGUCGAAAAGAGUUUGAUGACACCAUUCUUCUACAAUCUUUGGGGCUGUGAUCCGAAACACAACCAGGCUGAAAGAGAAAUUCAAAGCUCAGUGCCCUUAGUUGGGAUACAAGAUCUGAAACGAAAAAAUUCAGCUAUGUUUAAUAAAAGAAUGUCUGGAGAUUUUGACUCAUCAUUAGUAGUUCAAGGAGUUUAUCGACAAAAUGUCGGCAAUUGUUAACUGUAUAAUAAUAUAUAAUUAAGUACUUUUACUCAUUUUAAAAGCAGCUGCUUCGUCUUGAUAGAUUUAUAUCAAAUUUUUGUUAUAUUCUGUGUUAAUUCAAAGGAUUUUAAAUUCUUCGUACUUCCGUUUCUAAAAUACUGUCAAAUAUCAUUGAUACCAUUAUACUUUUAACGUCAUAUUAAUUUUUAUUUACAACCUUACUGCAACGUUUACAUUCAUCUGUAUUUAUAAUUCAUAACUGUAUAAAGUGCAUCAGUGUGUAAGUUAAUAAACAAAUUAUGACCAUUUGUA